CCUUGCAGAUGUACGUCAUCUACCUGUGCCGGGUCGUGCCACCCGUGCUAUAGGGCCUGGAGCAAUGUUCUGGGUGAGCUUCCCCGGCCCCAGUAGGGAAGGGGCGCCACGUGAGCGCCCGCCGGGGCCCCGACCUCAGUCCCCGCAGAUCUGACGCGACGCCCUGGGCCUCGUGUGCAUUUCACACGGGGAAACUGAGGCUCGGAGUGCGACAGUCAGGCGAGGUUACCCUGCUCUGGGCAGGAAGGGGGUGGCGGUCGGCUGAAUUCUGGAGCUGCCUCGGUCGCCACCUCUCCGGGCCCCACUUUCUCCGUAGGGUCCCAUGAUGGCGGCUGCAUGGAUGGAGCCGGCGCAGAUGACUGUGACCUUUGAGGAUGUGGCUGUGACUUUUACCCAGGAGGAGUGGGGGCAGCUGGAACCCCCCCAGAGAAUCCUGUACCAGGAGGUGAUGCUGGAGACCUGCAGGCUCCUGGUGUCUCUGGGCUGUCCUUUGCCCAAACCAGAGCUGAUCUACCCAUUGGAACACAGCCUGGAGUUACAGACUUCAAAGAGAGGCCUCUCCCCAAGCUCCUGCCCAGGUGAUAUCACAAAACCCGAGACCACACAGCCUCCCCCUUCCCACCUGGCCUUGUCUGAGGAUGUCUCACUCCAGGAGCAAUGGACUCAGCGAGUCUCAGGGGACGCCUAUGUGGGGCAAGGCAAAGGUCAGGAUGGGCCAUCAGAAGUUAAGGAAAGCCACUUGAGACCAGGGACUGACUCCCAGGGGGAGAUGCUCUCUGGAAAAGUGAUCCCUGAAUGCGGUGGGUUAGAGAGAGAUGAUGGUUUGCACUCCAGGAUUGUCCAGGAACCAGUCUCUCCUGGAGACAUUCUAUGUGAAAGAGACUCACGUGGACUGGUGAGAGAUCCCGUAAUUCAUGAAAGGAAACAGCCCUAUAAGUGCGAGGAAUGUGGGAAAGUGUUUAACAAGAAGUGUUUCCUGGUUCGUCAUAAGCAGAUUCACUCUGGAGUGAAGCCUUAUGAAUGCACAGAGUGUGGGAAAACCUUUAGCAAGAGCACACACCUCCUGCAGCACCACAUGAUCCACACAGGGGACAAGCCCUUUGAGUGCCUUGAUUGUGGGAAGGCCUUCAACCGCAGGUCACACCUCACGAGGCACCAGCGGAUCCACACUGGGGAGAAGCCCUAUGUGUGCAGUGAGUGUGGAAAGGCCUUCACCCACCGCUCCAAUCUGGUCCUGCAUAACAGAAGCCACACUGGAGAAAAACCCUUUGUAUGCAAAGAAUGUGGGAAAGCCUUCCGCGAUAAGACUGGUUUCCUUCGACACUACAUCAUCCACACGGGAGAGAAACCCUUUGUGUGUGUGGAGUGUGGGAAGGCUUUCAACCGCAGGUCACACCUCACGUGGCAUCAGCAAAUUCAUAGUGGAGUGAGACCCUUUGAAUGCAAGGAAUGUGGAAAAGCCUUUUGUGACAGCACAGACCUCAUUCAGCACUACGUCAUCCACACUGGAGAGAAGCCGUAUAAGUGCCUUGAGUGUGGAAAGGCCUUCUACCGCAGAUCACACCUCAAGCAGCACCAGCGGAGUCACACUGGGGAGAAGCCUUACGUGUGCAGUGAGUGUGGAAAGGCCUUCACCCACUGCUCCACCUUUGUCUUGCAUAAAAGGGCCCACACUGGAGAAAAACCCUAUGAAUGCAAAGAAUGUGGGAAAGCCUUUAGCAAUCGGUCAGACCUCAUUCGACAUUUCAGCAUCCACACUGAAGAGAAGCCCUAUGAAUGCAGUGAGUGUGGGAAGGCCUUCAACCGCAGGUCAUACCUCACGAGGCAUCAACGGAUUCACAGCGGAGAGAAGCCUUAUGAAUGCAUGGAGUGCGGCAAAGCCUUUUGCCAGAGGGCAAACCUAAUCCGACAUGCCAUUAUCCACACUGGGGAGAAGCCUUACAUGUGCACUGAAUGUGGAAAGGCCUUCACGUACUGCUACACUUUUAUCUUGCAUAAAAGGGCCCACAUCGGAGAAAAACCUUUUGAGUGCAAAGAAUGUGAGAAAGCCUUCAGCACUAGGAAAGACCUCAUUCGACAUAUCAGCAUCCAUGCCGGAGAGAAACCCUAUGAGUGCAGUGAGUGUGGGAAGGCCUUCAACCGCAGGUCAGGCCUCACGAGGCACCAGCGGAUUCACAGUGGAGAGAAGCCCUAUGAAUGCAUGGAGUGUGGGAAAUCCUUUUGCUGGAGCACAAGCCUCAUUCGACACGCCGUCAUCCACACAGGGGAGAAGCCUUAUGAGUGCAAUGAGUGUGGGAAGGCCUUUAGUCGCAGCUCAUCCCUGAGUCAGCAUCAAAGGAUGCAUUCUGGGAGAAACCCUGUCAGUGUAUCAGAAGUGGGAAGACCCUUCACAAGUGGGCAGUCUGCAGUCAACCUCUAAGAACUCCUUUUGGGGAAAGACUUUUUGAAUGUAACCACUGAGGAAAAUGUUUUGCCAGAAGAAAUAUCUACUCAUUCAUACCAAAGAGCAAUUCCACAAUUUUCUUCUCUGUGAGAAAACCUUUUAUUGCAGGAUAUCAGUUGUCAUCUAACGAGUCAUGUUAGAAAUUGACUCAGCCUAGAAUUUCAUUCAACAUCCGAGAAUUCAUCCAGGAAAGUGAUCCAAUCUUUAUUGUGCACUUAGCAAAACCGCCAGCCACAUCCUCCUCCUUAGUUUGUACUGCAAAAUUAUCUCAGGGAAAUUUAAAUAAAGGAGAAGAGACAUAGAAGAAACAAAUGCCUACGGCAAUUUGUUAUCCCUUCCUUAGUUUAUCUGGGGAAAGGGGAGUAUUGUUUCGGAGAUCAGAGGGUCUUGUCCCUUUUUCUUUUACAUACCUUCACUUCUGUUCAGUAUUGGGAGAGUUAGUUGCGAGUAUGUCUGAAAACAUGAAUGGAAAGAAAAGCCUUCUGUGCUCUACAGUAUUGUCCCUGCCUUUGAGCAGGAUAAGUCUUGAGUGAUGAACUGCUUUUAUAUGUCUAUGAAUGGGUCCAUUUUACUGUACAUUUAAGACUGCUUGAAUUUUGAAAAUCAUGAUGUUUCUUCAUGUGUCUUCAACCACUCAAAAACUCAUACUUCAUCUUGAUCUACUUAUUUUUUUCUCUAUUUUUCUGUGAGGUGAGGAUGACAGUUGUUGAGUGACCUUCCCAGAUAAAACCUAAUUCUUACCUCUGAUAGUGGUUUCUGAGCUUCUUCAAUCCUCCUUAGAGACGCUUCCACUUCAACAAUUUUAUAGGGGUUGAACCAGUGAAAAUAAAAUAAAACAUGGCUAAGUCAAGCUAAAGAAUAAUAAUAAAGUCAGAAAAACACAUAGAGAAGGCAUCUCAUUUUUAACUUUGCAAAAGAUUGAAGAUUCACUGUUUAAUUAACUAGAAUUUUAACAGAUGAAAUGGGCAUGUGUACAUGUAGUUGUGUGUGAUUGGCACAGUUGUCACCAUAGACUUAAUCUUGAUAUAGACUAAUAACUAGUAUCUUUAUCAGGGCAUUUUGGAAUUCCAUCUUUGAUAUUUUUUUGAGCUACAUGUGAUAGUAUUACCUCAUGUUAAGAAAUAUACUGUAGGGAAAGAUAUAAAUAUCACGUAUUCACUUGGAACCCUCCUCAGGGCCUUUUAAAUGAGGACGUAUGUAGUUUUGUCAUUGUAGGCCCAUUUUUGUUGUAUUUACCCAUGGCAUUAUCGUGAAAACCUUUCUUCAUCCUUUUCAUGUCAUGUCUAAGAAGUCUUCAGAAAAUUCUAGGUCUGGAAUAUUUUCUUCUAUGUUUUCUAAAAGUUUUAUAGUUUUAUCUAUUUUAAAUCUCUGGUUCAUGUUAAUUUUUGUAUUGCCAUGUUACAUUUAUGUUGAGUUUCUUGUGUUUUUGCCUAAGGAUAUUCUCUUCCAGCACCAUUUGUUGAAAAGACUAUCCUGCCUCCAUUGAAUUGCAUUUACUCCUUAGCCAAAAAUCAGGUGGAUAUAUUCAUGCUAGUCUGUUUCUGAGUUCUCUAUAUUAUCCCAUUGAUUAGUGUAUCUUAACCUCUGCCAGUACAACAUUAUCUUGAUUGCUGUAGCUAUUACUAAGUCUUAAAAUUGGAUAAAAUGGAUCCUCCAUAUUCUUUUUAAAAAUUAAUUUAGCUUUCCAUAUCAGUUUUUUUCCUUUGGCUUUCCAUAUAAAUUUUUAUCAUGUGCUUAUCUGUAUUUACAAAAUACCUUGCUGGGAUUUUGGUAGAAAUUAAUCUGUGGGUUACUUUGGUGAGAUUUGGAAUCUUUCUUGUAUUGAGUCUUCCAGUUCAUGGACAUGGUAUGCCUCUCCAUUUAUGUAGAAUCCUCAUUGAUUUAUUUCACUAGUGUUUUGUAAUUUUCAGUUUAUAGAGCCUGAAUAUAUUUUGUUAGAUUUUUAUCUAGGCACUUAUUUUUUGAGUCAUUAUAUGCAGUACUGAGUUUUUAAUUUCAAUUUGCACAUGAUCAUUACUGUUAUACUGAAAUAUGAUUUUUAUAUAUUGAACUUGUAUCUUACGCUCUUGCCGAAUUCACUUAUUAGUUCUAGCCACUGUUCUUUUUUCUUUUUUGUAGAUUCCUUGGGAUUUUUUUCAUAAACAAUGUUACCAGCAAAUAGUGAACAUCUUAUUUCUUCUUCCUAAUCUGGAACCCUUCCAUUUCCUUUUCCUGUCUUUAUCAUACCAGCUAGAACUUCCAGUACAGUGUUGAAUACAGGUGGUAAAAGAGGACACACUUGGGUUCAUAAUGUUAGAGAGAAAGCAUUCAAUAUUGACCGUUAAAUAAGAUGAUAGCUGCAGGUUUUUAUUACACAUGUUCUUUAGUUUGGAAAGUUUUCCUCCUAAUCUGAUAAGAGCUUUCAUUAUGAAUGGAUGUUGAAUUUUGUUAAGUACUUGUCUCCUUCAAUUGAUGUGAUCAUGUGAUUUUUUUUUUCCUAUGGCCUAUUGCUUUGACUGGUUUUUGAAUGUUGAACUGGCCUUGCAUUCCUGUAAUAAACCCUACCAAGUUAUGAAAUAUAAUUGCAAUAUAUAUAUAUAUAUAUAUAUAUAAACAGCAUUCCGUUUGGUAGCAUUUUGUUGGGGAAUUUUGUGUCUAAAAUCAUGUGCAUAUUUGUCUGUAGUCUAAUAUUUUUUAUAGUGGUGUUGGUGUCUUAGUAAUACUGACCUCCAAAAAUGAACUGGGAAGUAUUCCUCCUUUUUUUUUUCUUGUUGAGAUUUUAUAGAAUUGGUGUUAUUUCUUUUAUUUCUGUAACAUUAUGUCUUAGAAAUGUGACUAUAAACAGAAUAUUGCUGGAUAUUUUUCAACCCACCAAAGUUACUGACUACUAAUUCAAAUACUUAUUCCAUACUCAUUUCAUAUGAUAGCUGGUAUAUUUGAGUUUAAAUGCAUCUUUCUGUUUUAUGCUUAUCUUUGCUUCAGUUCUGCUUCUUGUACUUUUCUUUAAAACUUUGUGUAGAUAGUUUACAUUCUAAACUUUGCUUUUAGUUGGGAGUGUAUGUACGCCUAUUAAAGUUUAAGCUAAAAUUAUAACACUUGUCCUUAACAUAAAUGAGCAUAGAGUUAAUACCUUCCCCUUACUCUUGCACAAUAUAAGGGAUAUUAUUGAGGAUCACAUGGUAAUUCUAUCAUUGUACUCAACAAUGAGAUACUGUUUGUUUUAUACAGAUAAUGAAUAAUUGUAUUAUCCACA